UUCCAGGAAGAAGAGCUCACCCGCACAAGUCGGCUGUUACCUCACCCGUGCAUGUGCCUUUGAUCCUAAUGCGUUUCAGGCUGCAAACACGAGGCGGCAAGUGUAAAACCCAGUAGUUCUGUCUUUAGCUACAACAUGAAGAUGUCUGCAGAAGUGUCCGAUCAGGGAAGAAGUGGGUGAUGCACACAGAUACAGAGCAGAGAUGAUCGCCGUUUGAUGCACGGACAGCAGGAACACGUGAAGAGACGAGACAACGUACAAACAAAAUGAGUCUGACGUCAGAACUUGAGCCUCAGCUGUCACUCCACUUCUUGUCACAAUCAGAACCUGAGAGGGGGAAAGCGCCUACACCUCUAAAACAGCACCCGCCCCCCACCACCGAUCCCCACCAGCUCCAGGAACAAAUCCAACUCCAGCCUGUGCUGCAGCCAGAGCCACUGUCCCGCCACGAGCACCAAGAAAAGCCAGCGUGGAUGAAACACCAGAGAGUGCUUCUCUUCAUGUUGGGAUUAACAGUCUGGGCUGCAAUUCUGGGAUUGAUCUACUACAUCCAUCACAACUUUCAUAGACAAGAUGCAGCCGCUGUGCCUUCCUGUCUCUCUCCAGCAUGUCGGUGGGCUGAAGCUCGCCUGUCCACGUCUACCGACCCCUUCACGCAGCCCUGUGGUUACUUCAUGUCCCCCUGUGGAUCAAGCAGACUGCUACAAAAGAACAGGGGGAGACAGAGAGGUCAGGGCAUCCGAGGUCAUCCACAAAACCAGAUGGAAAAGUUUGUGCUGCCGGAGAGACAAAAUGGAGAGACGUCAUAUGCAAAACUGAGAGAAGACAAGAUGCUGAGUCGAAAAAAUGUGCUGCUGCAAUAUGUCAGAGAGAUUUUAGAAUCCAACCAGAACUCAAGAAGUUCGGCUGUUCAGAAGACUAAAGACUUCUACCGGUCCUGUUUGGACAGAAGAUCCAUCGAAACUGCAGGAGCAGAACCCUUCCUCCAACUCAUCCAGAAGCUGGGAGGUUGGGCCGUAUCGGGACGGUGGAACAAGACGGAUUUCAACUCCACACUAGGUGUGCUAAUGAGAGACUACAGCACUUUCCCCUUCUUCAAUCUCUACGUGGGCAAAGACCCAAAUGAGACUGCCAGUGGGACACACCAAAGAUACAUACAGAUCGAUCAGCCAGACUUGUUGAUUCCAAUCGAAUGGAACAGAAAGACAGAAAAGUCCCAAGCUAACGCCAAGACGCUUCGUCCUUUCCUAGCCUCGUGUCAGAAGUUCCUGAAUCUGCUGGGAUCCCCGCCGGGCGAAAUAAUGAUUCACGUGGGAUCGUUCAUCUCGUUGUCCUCUGAGCUGGCUGUAGCAGCUUCACCUCGGCACUACCGUCUGUCCAAAGGACAGCUCCAUCAGCGCAUGACCAUAAAAGAGCUACAGAGACGGGCCCCUGCAAUUGACUGGUUAGGCUGCCUGCAGACCGCUUUCCACCCACUGUCGCUCAGUGAAGACGAUCACGUCCUCCUGCAUAACUUACCUUACAUCGUUCAAAUGUCCCGCACCGUUAACAAAUGGCUGAACCGGCACGAACUGAGCAACAGCGGUCCUCUUCAUACAUUCAUGAUCUUCAAUCUGCUGCACACCUUGAUGCCUGCUAUGGACUCUCGCUUUUCUGAAACGGCAAAAAAUUACACCCUGGCUUUGGGUCACUCUGUGGAGGAAGUUCCUCUCUGGAGACACUGUGUGCUGGAAACCGAGAGAGGGUUUGACUCAGUUCUCACUCACCUUCUCGGCCAAAAGACGGCACUCAGAGAGGCUGAGGAGAUGAUUGAAAACGUCUUUGACUCCCUCAAAUCCAAAUUAAAUGAGCUCAAGUGGGUGGAUCGAAACUCGUCUGAGCUCGUCAUGCAAAAGGUUAACUCUUUGAUUCCACGGCUGAGGUCUUCAGAGGAGGUUUCUGGUGGAGAUGACCUUGACAUUUUCUUCUCUAAGGUGACUAUCCGCACCAACAGCUUCUUCUCCAACUACCUUCAGCUGCUGUCUUUGUGGCAGAACAGACGCAGUAAACUCUUGACCGCCCCGAUCGAGGCUGCUGAUGUUCUGUCCGUCACACCAUUCUCUCUGGACGCUGAGCUUCUCUUUCCAAUGGGAAUGUUCAUCCCUCCUUUUUUCCAUCCUACCUAUCCAAAAGCCAUGAACUAUGGGGCAGUGGGUUUCCUAAUUGCCAAAGAUAUCUUUCAUCUUCUUGUACCUGAGAUUUACUAUCACAGUAGGAGUGUGCACACGGUUGGAAAGUGUGUGUGGUCUUACUACAUCAAUGCAACUGAAAGAGCAAGCAGAGAUGGAGUGUCGGCGCUCUCUACAGCUCAGCUGCAGGAAGUCUGGGUGCAGCACGCUGCACUGCAGGUAGCGCUGCAGGCCUAUCAUCUGAGUUUAAGCCAGAACUCGAGUGACACCUCCCUUGCAGGGAUGCACCACGAUCACCUCUUGCUCCGAUCAUUCUCCCAGGUCAACUGUGAUGCUGAUCCGUUCAGUGAAUCCAUGCCGCUGGACCCCUCCUUCUUAAUCGCAGUUGUUUGUUCCACGUCUGAUCUGUGUCCUACGAGUCCACAGUGCUCCAUCAAAUCCCAGCAGAAUUCAUCCCAUGCAUGCUGACUGGCUACAUUUAUUAAAGCAGCAUAGGUACAUGUAUGUUUUUAUUUAAUUUUACAUGAUUAAACUCGAUUUUUGCAAUCGCCAUAGCUGUUAUAUUUCUGCAAAUUGCAUUAUUUGCACAAAUUGUAUAGUAGUCAUUGAAAUAGGGGAAAAAAAAAUUUUUUUUUUUAGUGGUGGUGAAAUUUCCCCAUUAUUGUAUAUAAAAAUAAACCUGUUAUGCAGUAA